CGAAAUAGAGAAUUGUUCAGUUCAUAUUAAGGUUGGAAAUAAUAAAAAUGCACGAUUCAUUUAUGCUUCAUCCAAAGCAUCACUUCUAUCCUUCGAUAUACGAGAAGCUUUCACGCCAUCUCAAUUAUAUGGGGAUUCACUUUAUAAACAAGCCACUCAUACGAUACAAGUAUAACUUUUUCCUUAUAACAUGUCACUUGAACAUUAAAUCAGAGAAGAGAUUCUCUAAUGUUCGUAUUAAAAUGAACGACGAGAUAAGAGUAAGAAGUGGAACGGACAUCUUUUAUCAUGUGUUAAAAGAAGACGAAAAGGAAAAGGACUUUGACGAUUAAUCUUCGGUAACUGCUUGCUACUGUACGCUUUAUCAAAAUGAAAUGAUUCAAUGAUAAGAUUAUUGUAAAUAUGUUUAUAUGAAUUGUACGAAAUAUAACUGUAUAGGUUGUC